AUGCAGGGCUUGUCCCUUAACGGUGACUCACGUAUGGCUGCAGAGGCAGCACAUAACAGUCAACGCGCAAGGAAAAGACACCGCGCACGCCACCACAAAUCUCGCUUAGGGUGUUUCUCUUGCAAGUCGCGACGGGUCAAAUGCGAUGAGCUUCGCCCUGUCUGUGGCUCCUGCUCUUCUCGCGGCGAGCCAUGUGUCUUCCCUGAUCCUCCAGUCGCGACCUUCAAACCGAUCAGCUCCUCUGGGGAGCGACGAGAUUCGCCACGCUCCCGGAGUGCCGGUAGUCCCCGUCCCGUCCGAUCCUACCUAGAGCCAUGGGAGACAUAUACGUCGCGGCCGGCGGGUGUUUCCCCACCAGCAAACGAUGACCUGGAUAUGGAUAAUCUCCUAGCGAUGCAGUUCUUCCAUCUGCAUACUGCUCAGGAGAUGUCCCUACACCCAAAACGAAGCAUGAUCUGGCGGCAGGUGAUUCCCCGCCUCGCCGGAAAGCACCGUUAUCUCAUGCACCUACUCAUCGCCUUGGGCGGCCUUCACAUGAUCACUCAUCGACUGAGGCAAAGGCCUGGUGAAGAUUACGACUCAGAUACGGUAGAUUUGCGGGUUGUAAUGGAUCACUACCAGAGAGGGCUGCAGAAUUUCAGAAACGAGGUGGCCCAGCUAUCCAACUCGAAUGCCGAAGCUGUUUAUGCAGGCUCUCUACUCCUCGUUGCCUUCGUCUAUGCAUCCCUCCAGGUGCCCGAGCUGAAUCCGGCCUGUCCGACUGUUGCUCCGGUUUCUGUCCUCUAUGCUUCGGCGCUAAACAAGCAGACUCUGCCCCCAAUAAACCAGCCCCAGAUAAGCUGGCUGCACCUAAUCCGGGGCUGCAUGCGGUCGAUGGUAUUACAUUUCCAUGGUGAUGAGUACUGGAAAGACCUUCCCUUUGAUUCAUCCUUGUCUAAGCUCAAUCGCUGCUCUCUUCUUGUGCAGUUAUUCGCCCAUGGGGCUUUGCAAGCGAUCGCGGACUUGAGAGCUUUCCACGCCACUCUUCGGAUAACCAGUAGCCCCGAGCUCUACUUAACGUCCGUCUCUUCUCCAAACACAUCGGAAGUAGCAGUGGAUGGACUAUCAAGGGGCAUAGACGUCCUAGAAAGUAUUUAUUCGCGCGUUAUUUCUGUGUUCCAAUGUACAGUCAGCGAGCGGGGGUUUCCAGAUGAUUCCGAUAUUCAGUACAAUCUGGAAGAGGCCGCAGUGCUAGGUUGGCCAAGCGUGGUCCCCGAUGUCUUUAUUGGGUUACUGGGGAGCGACCAACUAAUAGGUCUAACCAGGGGACUUUCUUUAGCCAUCUUGGCUCAUUUUUAUGUCAUCAACUCACUGGUAGACCGCUGGUUCUUGGGCGCUUUCAAGGAGGAGAUUCUUAGGAUUCAAAGAUCCAUCUCUGGUUUACACGACGCUGGGUUGGACCGGCUUCUGAUGUGGCCGGUGAGGAUUGCGACCUCCUGA